AUAGAACAUUCAACAGAUAAUCUAUAAUAGAUAACCGAUUUAAUAGAUAAAUUAAAAAAAUGUAGGUGAACUUGCAAUAUUGUUUAAGUUACCUGAAUAAAAUAUUAAAAACCAUAAAGAAGUAGAUUCCAAUUUCGUAUAUUAUAUUCAUUGUAUUCAUGUGUAAUGUGUUAUGCCACAAUGAUUACAGGAAUUGUGUCACGCGUGAAAUGACCUGUCAAUGCCUCUUCCACAUAGGUGUUCCAGUAGGUAUCUUUCAGUGUAUAAUUGUAUGUUUAUACAUAAGGUAAAGUGUCUAUAUAUGAAUAACAAAGGUUCAUAGAAGAAGAGUUGUUCCAUAUUAUAAAAUACAUAAAAAAUCGAAAUUUGAUGAAAUUGGGUAAGAUGUCAUGUUGGUCGUUAUCUAUCGCAGUAUGUGUAUGUACAUACAUACAUAUACUCCUGUUCACAUACCAAGAACUGUCAGUACGAGUCUGAUCGUUGGGCCCAUUGCUUUCCUCAAACACUUUCGCUUUCGUUCAUUGUUGCGUUUCUUCUCGUGUUUUUCUGUAUCUUCUCAUUUACGAAAAGUGUUUUUCUUUUUUCAAAUUCGUAACAUUAAGAAUGAAAAUAAGUAAUAAAACUGAAUUCAGAAAUUAUUAAUAAAAAGCAUAAGUAUAAUAAUUAAUUGAAUAAAAAUGUGAAUUAAUGUGUUACUUGGACAUUUUGAGGAUAAUUUGCAAACUAGAGGUAUAUUUUCAAUUUUCAUUGUAUGGUUUUACAGAUUAUUCAUUUAAAAUAACAAAAAAAAUUUCUGCUAUCAUUAUUAUGCAAUUAUUGCACAUUGAACUUUUGCUCUAAAAUUGAGGCUCCGGAUCUUAAAAUGGCAAAAGUGCCCUUUUAAGAUCCAGAGCCUUAUUUAAGUUAUUAAAAAUAAGUAUAUUUCUAAAAAAAAUUACAUUUCUUUUUUUGGUAGACUUUGCAUGAACAGUUUUAUUAAGUAAUCUAGAUUCCAAAAGAAUAAUUAUUUAUAGAUAUAUGGAAUUUGACGAAUUGUGUAUAUUCAGAUGUACACUCAAUAAAGAAAAGUUUAAAAAACGACCUAGUUUAAAUUUGAUAAAGACGGUUUUACAUGAAAACAUAAGCAUACAUGCAUAGCCGUGUCUGUUCGAUAAGUUUAAUGUUCUAAAUGAUUUCACCUUUUUGUAAAAAUUAGAUAUAACAUAAGGUACGUUGCACAUUUGUUUUAUGCUAAUGAGAAAUCACUCAAUUUUAUUAAGAAACUUUGAUAAGACCAUCAUGGAAAGAUUACUUGUGAUGUAAUGGAAUUUGGAUUGCUAUUUCCCGAAUUUUCUGACAAAAUAGAAUAUAGUCUACUGUUGUGUAUAUGAAAAGUGCAAAUAGAAUAUGAAACUCCACGUGAGCCGAAUUGUUAUGUAACAAGAGUUUUGCGAAUGACGUCGAGCAAUGGUAGUGGACAAUUAUAAGUGAGAUAUUCCCAGGAGGAUGAGCAGCCUUAGAAUCACUUCAAGCCAGACGUGUGAUUAGAGGAAGAAAUUAAUUUUUAAAACUUUUUCAAAAAGAUUCUUAACGAUUAUUAACAAUGGCAAAAGUUGUGAAACUUGUUGGCAUUAUAUUUUUCUUUAAAAUUAUUAGGAUAGGAUGUUCUCAGGACUGCCUAGAUACAGGAUGGGAAAAAAUUAUCAACAUGAAACCAGAAAAAAUUAAUUCCAGUUCAACGCUAUAUGUUGGUCUGAAUUCUCAAGGUCUUGUAAAUACAUGCUUUGACAGAUGUAAAAAAAUUAAUUGUAAGGCAUUUAUAAUUGACGUGGCCAGAAGCGGAUGCUUUAGUGUCCAAUCAGAUGGUGAUGAUUUCGAUCCGGAACCCAAUGUCACAUUUUAUCACAAAAUUUGUGUCAAAGUUCCAGCAGAAUGUAAACAGUCAACACUCUGGCAAGUGGAUCGAACGAUAGGAGCCAUUUUUAUUGAUACAAAUACUGAUUGGCUGCCAAAGUUGGUGACUAGACGAGAAUGCUAUGAAAAAUGUUUUCAACUGGGGGAACAGUGUAAAUCAGCACAGUUUCGGACUAGUCGCGAUCUUACAAUAGGAGACACCGUAGGGAAAUGCGCUCUUUCGAAAUAUGAAAGAGGAAUUAGACCUCAAGCUUAUCGAGCUUCCUGGUACAGAGACGAGUACCUUCAAAGCCAGUGCCAUAGAAUUUCGAAGGAUGAAUAUUGUUCAUAUGCAGAAUAUCGAAACAUGUCCUUGCCACUUUCAGAUUUAAAAAUACCAGAUCUCAACAGUAAUGAUUGUGAAAAAAGAUGCGACGAGAGCAAAGAUGGCUUCUUUUGUAGAAGCUUCACCACAGUUACCGAUUCAACAAAUAGUCAACCAAUAUGUCUUUUAAGCUCCGAAGAUACAAUAAGUUCAGGAGCUAGUUCCUUAUUUCCUGUACCUGGUGCAAUUUACAAAGAGAGAGAACCAUGCCUUGAUUUAAAAGUAAGGUGUACGAAUAAAAGUUUAAUAGUCGAGUUGGAAACAUCAGAGCCUUUCCACGGUAGAAUAUAUGCCAGUGGAUUCAGUGAAAGUUGCGGAAUUCAAGGGAAUGGAAACAAUUUGACAGUUCUUAACUUAUCAUUACCAAAAAUAGAUGAGCUUAUGUCUAGUACCAUGAAAUGUGGCAUUACUCCAGCAUUCUCUGUCAACAAUGAAAAUCAAACCCAUACAAUGGUUUGGUCCACGAUUGUUGUGCAAUUCAAUCCCAUUAUACAAAGACAAGGUGAUCAGGCUGUAAGAGUUGGAUGCUCCUUGGAUGAUAACAUAAUGCCAGAACCGAGGAAUAUUUCCGUUCACUCCAGUUUCACAUUUUCAAAUCCAGAUGCUGGAAUUCCGCCAAUAAUAUCAACGGUAAUAAACACAUCAUCAGAGGUGCCUAUCGUUCAAAUGAAAAUCUUGGACGAAUUCUUGAAAGAAGCAAAAGUUACUAAAUUGGGUCAGAAACUUAUUCUUAGAAUACAAAUUGAACCCCUCAAUGGUACGUACGAUAUUAAAGCAGGUCAUUUAGUGGCAUCUAGCAAAUUCGGAGAUGCAUCUAUUCUUCUUCUCGAUGAAACGGGAUGUCCAAUUGAUUCAAAUGUAUUUCCUGCUCUUAUGAAAGAUCCAGUCGAUAAUCGAUCGUUAAUUGGCGAAUUUAGUGCAUUUAGGUUCCCAAAUAGUCAACAAGUGGGAUUUAAUGCUAUAGUUAAAUUCUGUUUGGAGAAAUGCGAACCAACUAUAUGCAAAAGUAGGCAGAUUUCUUACGGUAGAAAACGUCGUGAAAUUAGUACAAAUGCGACUGAUGCGAACGUAUUUCCAGUAGAUGAAAAUUCUAAAUCCAGCACUCCGGACGAACUUUCUUUACAAUCUUGGAUCUAUGUUCGAAAUGAUAACAUUCAUCCAGAUAAAUUUCUAUCCGAUCUGCAUUCACCUGACACUUUUCUGAUUAAUAAAGGCGGAAUCUUCGAAGAUCUUAUCUGCAUGAAUUCAGUUCUCGCUUUUUGUCUUCUUAUCUUGUGGCUUAUAAUUCAAGUCUUCUUAAUUGCUGGCUGUUUCAUUAUAAUUUCCAAAUAUCGAAAAGCUACAAAACAGGCCGAAGAAGAUAGGGCCGAAAUUUUAGCGAGACAUCUUUAUGGAAUUCACGGUGGAAAUUUUGAAAUUUCAAGAAGAGUCAGAUGGGCAGAUCACAAUAGCUCAAUAGUUAGUUAG